AUGGGACGCCCCGCAUCCAGACCCCUGGCAAUCCACCCCAGAGUCCACCUCCGACCGGCGCAGCCGGCUCCUCCGCCAAUUCCUCGCGCUGGGCAGCAGGAUCCACCAACGCCUACAGACGCGCAAAUCGAUGGGAUCUUGCGUCCCGCGCGCCCCGAGGCUCUCAGGCCAUACGCGGCAUACACGGGGUCUCUGGAUGAAGGGCUCUAUCUUCGGCUCUGCUAUAAUACUGCAAAGGAAGAGGCGCAUGAGGCUGUGUGGGCGGGGAAUCUGGCGCACGGCUUCGUUGGGCCUGACGGGUUGAUCUUCGACGAUGGAGACAUUUUCGGGGCGGAGGGGAUGGAUCUAGCGCGGUUUCUGGAGAUCUUUCCGGAGAGGGUUGCGAGUGUGGGGGGUGUUGAGCAUGUUGAGGGCCGUGAGAGCGCGCUUGAAGAGUGUUUGAGGGGGAUUGAGGAAUAUGGGGGGGAUGGGGGGGAUGGCGACUGUCAAGCUCGAGGCACGGGGGAGGAAGAAUACUCCGAUGGGGUGAAGCGUUAUCUUGCAGAGAGGCGCAGAAGGGAUCCGUUGCUUCGGUACUGGGAAUACCACGCUGCCUGUGUCGUGACGCAUCUUUUUAUUGAGGAUGCGGAGACGCUGGAGGGGAAGGGGUUGCUGCAUGUGUUUCUGGAUGACAUUGGGAAUGUUGUGAGGCAGUGGAGGACGGACGAGACUUCCAGCGAGGAUUUCGAUUUCGAUGGCUCGUGGAAGGAGGGGGUUUGGAGGGGGGAGUUUGAGAUGGGUAGGGGGGUGCUUGGGGAUGCAUAUCGGGAUGGGGGUAUUAGGGGGCCGCCGUAUGAGCUUUAA